AUGGCGGAUAUUUACGAUAUCAACGUUGUCCUUGGGAAUGAAGAUGUGUAUGAGCGAGCGGCGUCUACGGUUCCAACGACACCUGAGGGAAGUUGCACUUUCAGUCCUGUCGUCAGAGCGGCGAGCCAGCUAGUCAUUGAAGGCGAAGAAGCUGGCGGGGAUGUAUUUCCUCAACUCGAUACGAAGGCCGAGGAGAUGAGCUUCGCUGGAAACAGUGGCAACGGUCCGGUUCGCAACAUCUGUUGUGUAGGCGCUGGCUACGUGGGGGGACCUACGGCGGCGGUUAUCGCGUUCAAGAAUCCUAACAUCCGCGUCACGAUCGUGGAUAGAGAUGAGCGCCGGAUCAGGAGGUGGAACUCGAAGCAUCCUCCCAUCUACGAGCCUGGGCUACGAGAUAUUGUCCGAGUCGCCAGGGACGGUACCAAGGAAGACUCAGCAUCUGUCUCCAGCCAUCGCGCCAGGCCGGGACACUGUGAGACUUUUUCGCCAUCGUCAUCAGUCACAUCUGAGUGCGGAAGUCAAUGUGGUGAAAAUAGCAUCAGCACCAUCUCCGUCCCUCCUAGGCAGCCGAAUCUCUUCUUUUCGACAGACGUCUCAAAAUGCAUCUCAGAAGCGGACGUGGUCCUCAUCGCGGUCAACACCCCGACAAAAACGAGGGGUCACGGCGCCGGCAGCGCAACGGACAUGGCGGCCUUUGAAGCCGUCACCGCCGAGGUGGCCAGACAUGCACGACCGGGCGCCAUCAUCGUAGAAAAGUCUACCGUGCCAUGCCGGACCGCGGAGCUUGUGCGAGAGACACUCGCCGCCCAUCGACCCGGUGUACACUUUGAAAUCCUCUCCAACCCAGAGUUCCUCGCCGCAGGCACAGCCAUAAACGACCUCCUGCACCCAGACCGCGUCCUCAUCGGCGCAGACACGACGCCCUCGGGCCAUCGCGCGGCCGAGGCGCUGGCGAGUGUAUACGCUGCCUGGGUCCCCCGCGCACGCAUCCUCACGACAAACGUCUGGUCAUCUGAGCUCGCGAAGCUAGUCGCCAACGCGAUGCUCGCGCAGAGGAUAAGCAGUAUCAACUCCAUCAGCGCAAUCUGCGAGCGGACGGGCGCGGAUGUAGAUGAAGUUGCUGCUUCCGUGGGCCGGGACCCGCGUAUCGGAGACAGGUUCCUGAAAGCGGGCAUCGGUUUCGGGGGCAGCUGUUUCAAGAAAGAUAUUUUGAGCCUGGUGUACCUUGCCGAGUCGCUUGAUCUCGACGAGGUGGGGGAGUAUUGGCGGCAGGUGGUCAAGAUGAACGAGUACGCCCGCGAGAGGUUCACGAGGCGCGUGGUCAAGUGUUUGAAUAAUACCCUGGCUGGGAAGAAGAUUACUGUCCUCGGGUAUGCUUUCAAGAAGGAUACGUCGGAUACGAGGGAGUCGCCUGCGCUGGAGAUUAUUCGGGCGCUGUCGGAGGAGGGACCACGGGAGAUUGCGGUGUUUGAUCCGUGCUGUAAUCCUCUCGUGAUUCAAGCGGAGAUCCAGCAGUUCUGUGGCCCACAGACGACAACGUCAAAGGACGACGGCGGUGGUACUGGACCCUUGGUUGUGUACGGGAACGCAUACGACGCUUGUCGUGGUAGUAACGCGGUUCUCAUCACCACCGAGUUUGACGAGUUUCGGAACACGGGUGAGCUCGGCGUCAGGGAUACGCCGGGUUCUGCACCUUCUGAUCCUUCUUCUCCCCGCGGAAGCACGACAUCGCGGGCGGCGGAGGGGGCGGGCCAAGAGCUUCGGCAGUCGAUUGUGAGACCAGCGCUGGGCAAGGGGGAGAUGGGGGCGGCGACUUUGGAUGAUCCACUCGGGCGAUACGUUGCUGAGCCUGCUUGUUCGGGAGAUUGCCCGGAUUGUCGGGCGGAGGAGGAGGACUGCAAGGUCUCGGGACUUGCCAGUCAUGGACCGGGGGCGGAAGAGGGGCAGACGGUCAAGGAGAGGGUUGACUGGGAGAGGGUGGCGGGCGAUAUGCAGGUUCCGAGGUGGGUGUUUGAUGGGAGAGGGGUGAUUGAUGCUGAUGAGAUGGCCAAGCUGGGAGUUCGAGUUGAGAGUGUUGGGAGACGGGGGAGGAGUUGA